CUGCUGUGUAAACACUUCAGAUCCGGGAGCUCCGUCACUCACACCCGAGCGCGCGCACACACACACACACACACACACACACACACACACACGGUCUCAAACAAACGCGCGCACACACACAGAGAGAGAGACACCCCCCGAACGAGUUACAUACGCGUUUCCACGCAAGGAGGAAGUCCCGGUGGCUUUACCGGAGCACAAGAUAAAGCACCGAGUGUCCGUGUGAAGAUGGCAACAGUGACGGACUCUCGUCUCCAGUCGUCACAGAAAGACGCGGCUGACCAAAACUUUGACUACAUGUUCAAACUUCUCAUCAUCGGCAACAGCAGCGUCGGUAAAACCAGCUUCCUGUUUCGCUACGCGGACGAUUCCUUCACUUCAGCCUUUGUCAGCACGGUGGGAAUCGACUUUAAGGUCAAAACCGUUUUUCGCAACAACAAGAGGAUCAAACUGCAAAUUUGGGAUACAGCCGGACAGGAGCGCUACAGAACCAUCACUACAGCGUAUUACAGAGGAGCCAUGGGCUUCCUGCUAAUGUACGACAUCACAAACCAGGACUCAUUCAACGCUGUUCAGGACUGGGCCACUCAGAUAAAGACAUACUCGUGGGACAACGCACAGGUGAUACUGGUGGGCAACAAGUGUGACCUGGAAGAUGACAGACUCAUUCCGACAGAAGACAGUCAGAGACUGGCUCAGGAACUCGGUUUUCAGUUUUUCGAGGCCAGCUCCAAAGACAACAUCAACGUGCAGCAGGUUUUUGAGUGUCUGGUGGAUGUGAUAUGUGAAAAGAUGAAUGAAAGUAUGGACGGAGACGGUCCAGUGUCCAACCACAAAGACUCCAGACCACAGGAUACGUCCUCUGAGGGACACAGCGGCUGUGCCUGCUAAAACAGACUCUCAUCACACAGAGAACUUCUCCUCACCUAUUCACUUUGCUUUCCUUCUUUUAACCCAAACAGCAUCUGUUAAACACUCAGUGUUGUUUGUUGACGUGGAUGGGCGUGGAUUGAAAUCUGACUGCGCCAGUGAUCUACGUGACACAAACAGCUGGAGAUACUGUACUGCACAGCGUUUAGAGGUCCAUCCACACCCAUAGCUAACACUCUCACCCUGUUCUCCAUCUUUUGUCUGUCUUUCCCUCAAAAAAGCCACAUUUGGAUGGGUCUUUAUAGUUUUAGCACAUGUUCGCUAUCUCAUCGGAUAUUGUAACGUCCACUGCCCUGAGCGGGCAGCUUCUGUAUUGUCUAUCUGCAUGUCCAUCUGCUUUAAAUUACAGUCCUAACAGCUCAUUAGGCACUAUUAUGGAGAUAAUUGCACUGUGCUUUUCUGAUAUGUGCGAUCAUGGGCUGUGGUUUAAAAGUUAUGUGCAUCACACACUGAGAAAUAUCCACUCAAAUCAAUGUUUUACUGUUAUUUUUUGGUAUAAGCGUUUUCUUAAAUUAUAAGAUAGCAAAUAAACUAUCUGCAACCCAAAA